UGUUAGAGAGAGAAACAGAAAGAUUUGAUUGAGAAUACAGAGAGACAGAAAUAUAAUCGAUUCAGAGAGAGAGAGAGAGAGAGAGAGGCAUUACGUUCACAAUACAUAAAGACUGUUGUGUGUUUAAAGAGUUACUCAUAAAUACUUACCCAUUGAAGAUUGUACAAUCGUGAAGAAGCUAUGGCGAGAAAUGGCAUCGCGUCCUGGACUACGGCGACGGCGACGGCAACGGCGACGGCGACGGAGAGUCUGAGUAGCUUCGAUCAUUCUAUGUCUGAUUCUGAAGAGGUUCAUGUUUUGGCAGUCGAUGACAGCCUUGUUGAUAGAAAAGUCAUUGAAAAGUUGCUCAAGAUUACUUCAUGUAAAGUGACUGCGGUGGAUAGUGGAAUAAGAGCACUUCAGUUUCUGGGAUUAGACGAGGAGAAUAAUUAUUCUGUUGGGUUUGAUGUGAGUGACUGAAAUAUUGAACUUUGAACUCUGAAUGAAUUAUUCUGUGCUCUGUUAUUUGUUGAUUAGUUAAUCGAUUACUGUGUUACAUUUUAGAGUUUAAAGGUGGAUCUGAUUAUCACCGACUACUGUAUGCCUGGAAUGACAGGAUACGACUUGCUGAAGAAAAUCAAGGUAAACAGUGAGUCAGAUUCAUCAUUUCAGAGUUUGAAGGUUUGCGUUUCGAGUUGUCAGAUUUUGAUUUUCUUUUGUGAGCAGGAAUCGUCUGCCUUGAGAGAGAUUCCGGUGGUAAUCAUGUCAUCUGAGAACGUAGUGACUCGAAUCGACAGAUGCUUGGAAGAAGGAGCAGAGGAUUUUAUUGUAAAGCCCGUGAAGUUGGCAGAUGUGAAGCGCUUGAAAGAUUACAUGACCAGAGACGGAAACCAAGAGAGACGCAUCAACAACAAGAGAAAGCUUCCAGAGACUUGUGAUCUAUGUUCAUCAUCACCGUCCGUCUCAUCAUCGUCUUCGACAUCGCCAUCACAAUUGCCGUCGCAAUCUCCGUCGCUGUCACCAUCACCGUCACCGUCAUGCUCCACUCCCAGCUCUCCGCCACCAUCGUCGUCAGAUUCUCCUUCACCAUCACCAUCACCAUCACCAUCAGCAUCAGCGCCGUGUUCUCCACCACCGUUGGAAUCUCCUACCAGACGGCUUAAAAUGUCCUGCUUGGAUUAGAUCCUGACCGUCUGUUAUGUACUCUGUCUCACCGUGCAAAUAUUCGCAAUUUCCUGUUAUAUGUAACGGUUUUUUUGUUGCAACACACCGUUUUAACUUUUAAUUUUUAUUAUUUUUCGGUGGGGUUAUUUAUUUUGUUAAUUUAUUAUGUGAUAGAGAAUUAAUUAACAAGUUUUUAAGACUGACUGAACUAAUUCUAAACGUUAUGGAA